AUGUCUCAAACUAUAGGCUCUACCCGCCUUGCCUACUCAAGAGUAUGGCACCACAUCUCCGCCUCGGCCCCCCACCCAACCCUCUCAACCGUCAAGUCCCCCCCGGAAGCCGUCACCCCCCCCUCGCUCGGCCGUCUCGCCUCCCGUAUCGCCAUGAUCCUCAUGGGCAAGCACAAGCCCAUCUGGGACCCCUCCACUGACUGCGGCGACUAUGUCGUCGUCACCAACUGCGCGGCGCUGUACACCACCGGUCACAAGAAGUGGAGGAAGACAUACUACCGCCACAACACCAGACCGGGUUCGCUGAGGACGAUUACGAUGGAUGUGCUUAUGGAUAAGUUUGGCGGUGCCGAGGUGUUGAGGAAGGCGGUUAGUGGCAUGCUGCCCAAGAACAGGUUGAGGGACAAGAGGCUGGCGAGGUUGAAGGCUUUCGAGGGGAAUGCCCAUCCGUAUAAGGAGAAUAUUAUCAGGUUUGGGGGGAAGAAGGUUGGCCAGACUGGGUGGGAGGAUAUUGUGAAGGCGGUUAGGGAGGGCGAUAAGGCUACGAUCCCGUCAUGA